UGGGCGCAGGCGCGGUGCGGGUCUGGGAAGGGGGCGGUGCUGUGGUCAUCAGAAGGGGCGGGGCGGAGGUGGGUGUGUGACACAGCUGAUGCACGUAUCCUCUCUAUGCCUCCAUCACCCGAUCUCUGCUACGAGUACUAGCGGCUGCAGCCUCCCUCGAUCGGAGCCACACGAGUAGGCCUAGGCUAUACAGCCGCUCCACCGUCCGUCCCUAUCUGCGAACCCCGAAUCGGACAGCUCGCCGAGGAGCAGUGGGGCGACAUAAUUCGGCUUCAUUCGGCGUUGUCUGUGCUGCUUCUGCCGCUAAUAGUAAGUGCGGAGCUGCUGAUGGAGCCGAGCGCUCCAUCAUUUCCAUAGAGAAAUACGCGCACCUAGUAGGCGACGCAGCGCGGCGCACAUCGACACCUGCGUUUUUCUAUAUUUAUCGCCAUUCACCGCAUUGCCAUCCAUUAUCCUGCCGCUUUACAUGUUGCACGCUGACGGGGAGAAGGAUUUGGGUGAUUCCAAGGUUGUUGUGGCAGAGCGAUAAGGGGAGAGCGAUAUGGAGGGAGAGGGAUACCGUUUUUGUUCAUAUUGCUUAUUGGAGUGAAAGUAAAGACGGCGAGAUUGGAAUGUGGCAAAAGUGAGCGGUUGUGCGCGCGGGUUGUAGCCUACGAUGCUCGCUCGAGCUCGAACCUCCGCUUCCCCCACCGGGAGAGAGCCGCGAGUGGAGUAGAGCGCUUUCCCUGACCCACACGCACAUUAUGCAGGCCGAAUGCGUGAACGGAAAGAAAUACAGAUAUGGGUAGAUCAUGUUAAUUCUCUUGUUCUCGCCCUUCGUUGUUGAGUUAGGGCUUUUUCGCUGGUAUGGAGAAACGAAUGAUGUUUCUCCAUUGCGCUCUAGCAUCGCCGCGUCCGCUGACAGUCAUCCUGCCUGUGCACAUCUGUGCGGUGAAGGGAUUGACGGAGGUUGUUUUAGCUGCUGCACAAAUAAUGAAGAUGAUUUUGAAUAUAUUGAGAGCAUAAAUGGACAGACCAAGAGCAAAUGGCCUACAGUAGAAUUUAGACCUACCUUGGCACUUAACAUGAAUAGACUUGGAAUAGCUUGCAUAUGCAAUAGGCUGAUUUAUUAGGCCUACAUCACUACCAAACAGAUGUAGCAAAUACUGUGUUAUUGACAUGUCAUGAAACAUAUUAUGAGUAUAUAAAUGUAUGAACUAAAAGUGUGGGCUAACAUGUCAGUUCUAGGUAUAUGGACAGUAAUUUGAUGGUAAUGGCAAGGGAGCUCUGAUAAAAUAGACCUAUUGAAUAUAUUCUACAGUGUAGUGUUUACCUCUGUGCCCAGUGUGACUGCUCUGGGGGUCUUCUAGACCUGGCCUGUAUGAGGCCUUGAAUGAAGUGAAGUGUGUGUGUGUGUAGUGGGAUAACAGUAAUCACUUUGUUUGGGGGCAGUUUGUUUGCAUUUGAGGUGUAUAUAGGGGUCUAUGUAUGGACAAAGCAGUGAAAAUAUGGGGAGAACAUGAAUUGUUGUUGUGUGUAUGUGCAGAUCUAUUAAUCUAUUAAAUACCUCAUAAUGCAUUUCAGCACAGGACAAGAGAUUGAGAAUAAUCCCUUUAUGAGAGACUCGAGGAGUGUAAGUGUGAAUGAGGGCGCACUAGAAAGAGUGCUUGCCUGUGUGUGCAUACUCUCUCUGUAUGAAGCAUGGAGCCGAUGAUGUAAUGCCUAGGAGUGUGUAACUGUGGCAGUGAGGGAUGUGUAGGCACGUGCCACAGCUCAGCCAACACUGGAACAGGUCCCUCUACUGGCCCUGAGGCAGUACCGCACUCUAUCCCGUUUUGGACAGCACCUUAUCCUAAGGAUUCAGUACUCCCCCUUUCACACCCGGAUCUGUUCCCAUGUCCUACCUGAGAUGGAAUGUUAAUACUUACCAUAUUAUAGCAAAGUAACAUAGUAGCAUAGUAGCUUCAUGUGCACAGUCUUUGAUUCAGGCAUGAAGAGACAAUGGAGAGAGAGAAUUCACACAAAGGUUUGGCUGCAUCUUUGCCCAGACAGAAGUAGUAGGCUACACUUGGUACAAUACACUAUAAAUCCAGAUAUUACCUUUAGGUCAAUGUUCAAUCAGUGAUAGUUGAGUAAUCAGAUAGUGUUCCCUGUGGGUGUGGUUCAGGGACAAGCAUAUGAUAAUAUAUAUUGAGAAUUUGUGUUUGCAGUUGUUUGCAUUUGUGUGUGUUUUAUCGGUUUGCGUGUGUGUGUGUGUGUGUGUGUGUGUAAGACAGAAGGCAAAGGGUUAACAUGCAAAUGUACCAGGUGUGCAAAAAAACCUGCUCUGCUAACCAAUCAACAAGUAGAGUGUGAGAUAGUGAGAGAAAGGGUGUAAAAGGAACAACACAAGAAGAUUGUGUGAGCAGUGAGCACAGUAAGCUUUCCUUCUGUGAUUGUAUAUUCAGGAUUUGCAAUUGAGGUACAAUCUGUUAAUGUAGAAUAUAGUUAAUAUUUUUCAUGUUUUGAUUGAAACAUUAAUAAUCAAGUAUUAAUCGUGUAUUAACUCAAAUCCUAUUGAUCUGCACAAAUCCUAUUUGUUAGCCCUUUAAAGUGAAACUGACAGCAUUUUAACUAAUUUGCAGAUAUGAAACAAACAGACUCAUAAUAUCAGUAAAAAAUAUCAAAUUCUCAGUUGAAUGCUUCAAAACCAACUUUAAAAGAGGUUUUAAAAAUAGGUUUUAUUUGACUCAAAAUGCCAUGACAUACAGUAAGUCAUUGUUGGCAAAAUAGAUGGCUACAGUUCAAUGCAUGAUUCAUAUUAUUCACCAUUACAUUUCUUGGUUAGGGUCGCAGCAUAUUAUGCAUAUCUGCAAGCUUAGCAGCAAAGGCUGGACAAAUAUUAUUUAUCUCUUCUUUUUUUUUAUAUGUUAAAAUACUAAACUCAGCAAAAAAAGAAACGUCCUCUCACUGUCAACUGCGUUUAUUUUCAGCAAACUUAACAUGUAAAUAUUUGUAUGAACAUAACAAGAUUCAACAACUGAGACAUAAACUGAACAAGUUCCACAGACGUGACUAACAGAAAUGUAAUAAUGUGUCCCUGAACAAAGGGGGGGUCAAAAUCAAAAGUAACAGUCAGUAUCUGGUGUGGCCACCAGCUGCAUUAAGUACUGCAGUGCAUCUCCUACUCAUGGACUGCACCAGAUUUGCCAGUUCUUGCUGUGAGAUGUUACCACACUCUUCCACCAAGGCACCUGCAAGUUCCCGGACAUUUCUGGGGGGAAUGGCCCUAGCCCUCACCCUCCGAUCCAACAGGUCCUAGACGUGCUCAAUGAGAUUGAGAUCCGGGCUCUUCGCUGGCCAGAACACUGACAUUCCUGUCUUGCAGGAAAUCACGCACAGAACGAGUAGUAUGGCUGGUGGCAUUGUCAUGCUGGAGGGUCAUGUCAGGAUGAGCCUGCAGGAAGGGUACCACAUGAGAAAGGACGAUGUCUUCCCUGUAACGCACAGCGUUGAGAUUGCCUGCAAUGACAACAAGCUCAGUCCGAUGAUGCUGUGACACACCGCCCCCAGACCCUGACGGACUCUCCACCGCCAAAUCGAUCCUGCUCCAGAGUACAGGCCUCGGUGUAACGCUCAUUCCUUCGACGAUAAACGCGAAUCUGACCAUCACCCCUGGUGAGACAAAACUGCGACUCGUCAGUGAAGAGCACUUUUUGCCAGUCCUGUCUGGUCCAGCGAUGGUGGGUUUGUGCCCAUAGGCGACGUUGUUGCCGAUGAUGUCUGGUGAGGACCUGCAUUACAACAGGCCUGCAAGCCCUCAGUCCAGCCUCUCUCAGCCUAUUGCGGACAGUCUGAGCACUGAUGGAGGGAUUGUGCGUUCCUGGUGUAACUCGGGCAGUUGUUGUUGCCAUCCUGUACCUGUCCCGCAGGUGUGAUGUUCGGAUGUACUGAUCCUGUGCAGGUGUUGUUACACGUGUUCUGCCACUGCGAGGACGAUCAGCUGUCUCCCUGUAGCGCUGUCUUAGGCAUCUCACAGUACAGACAUUGCAACUUAUUGCCCUGGCCACAUCUGCAGUCCUCAUGCCUCCUUGCAGCAUGCCUAAGGCACGUUCACGCAGAUCAGCAGGGACCCUGGGCAUCUUUCUUUUGGUGUUUUUCAGAGUCAGUAGAAAGGCCUCUUUAGUGUCCUAAGUUUUCAUAACUGUGACCUUAAUUGCCUACCGUCUGUAAACUGUUAGUGUCUUAACGACCGUUCCACAGGUGCAUGUUUGUUAAUUGUUUAUGGUUCAUUGAACAAGCAUGGGAAUCAGUGUUUAAACCCUUUACAAAGAAGAUCUGUGAAAUUAUUUGGAUUUUUACGAAUUAUCUUUGAAAGACAGGGUCCUGAAAAAGGGACGUUUCUUUUUUUGCUGAGUUUAUAUUCAGCAUCCUAUGUACAUAAGUUGACAUUGUAAAGGGCCAUAUUUUUUCAAAUAAAACAAUAGCCAGUUUGAGUCGCAGUUGCACGUUUCUUUGUAAAAACAAAUAGGCGAUGUCUGGCCUGUGCGCUGAUUGAGUUUGACACCCCUGAACUAGCGUAUCUAUUCAUGUAGCUAGCUAUUUAUUUAGUGAGCUAAAAACAGAGCCUAACUCUAGCUAGCUAGCGAGCUGCUGGGAGGAUGUCAUGUCAUUGGAGGAGUGGGUGAGUGAACAACUUUUUCCCCUCAUAUCAUUUUUCAAUGGCUACAGCUAGAGAUCCAGGUGUCAUUUGGUUAGCUAGAAAGAAAUGUGAAUCGCUUUGCUAGCUAGCUAGCUAUGCUGAACUUGAACGACUGUUAUCCACAGUUAGCAUAUCUCUUAGUUGUCAAUCAAAUGCAUUUGGCAUCGAUCAAAUGGGCGGGCAGGCAGGCAGGCAAGUAACCAUUCAGUUGUCAAAACGUGGGUUGGGACAAGUAUGCAUUGGCAGGCAGAAGGACGAGCAGGCUACUAUUCCGUUUCUCAGUGCAAUUUUGCAGCCAACUAGCUGAACAAGUUUGAGAGGGUUUAUCUAAUGUUCCCUUGUUAGAUUUUAGCUCAUCUCGCUCUGGCUAGCAUUAGUUGUUGAUCUUGUUGUUGUUGAUGUGCAUAGGAAACUGAGGGAGAGAGCCUACCUUUUCAUGGUUGUUUGAUCAAUUGGACUGUGAAGUUCCCAAAAUGUAAGAGGGCUCCUGUGGUUUUUACAUAUUUACAGAAAUCCAUUCAGGUGUAUUUUGUGGCUUUUGGUGAAUGCGUUCUAAUGAUCUAAUGUCGCGCUGUUGCUGCCGCCUGUAAACACACAGUCCAGUUCAAAGUGAAUGAUGGCAGGCCCAUGUGGUAAAUGAAUUAUUUGCAUAUAGGCCUACUGUAGCUCUGACUGGCUAUGGUGCACCGGUCUGCGUAGACUCUGGUCCUGGACAAGACCGAUGUUUUUAUUAGGUUUUAUUUACUGCAGUGUCUAUUAAUUGUCCAAACGCAAGGCUGCUUUCCCACUCUAUAUUGCUAUAGAAUUUUCACAAAUGCCUUACUUCAUUCCCAAACAUUCUAUGAACUUAUGAAAGCGUGAAAAUGACCAUAUCUAAGUGCUCGCUUGUCAGGAAAUGUAAAAAAAGGUGUCAUAUUCUUCCUGGGGGUGUAUAUGAAUAGAUUUUAAUAAGAUUUAAUGUUGCUAAAACGAUGUCAGUUCCACUUUAAUAUCAACAGUUUUUGCAGUCAUGUGAGAUGUGCUUUCAUUUGUAUUGCAUAAACAAUUUUCUCAACUGAAAAAAAUGCAUUUGAAUGUGAAUUUUGAUAUGAUUUGGAAUAAGGUGCAACCGUAUAAGGAAUGCCUACUUAAAUUGAUACCGCAAAUUGUCCUUUAUUGUUAGCCUUUACAUCAUUUUUGGGAUGAUCUUCAAUCAUACAUUCAAUGUACUUCAUAUACAUGUACAGUGCAUUUGGAAAGUAUUCUGACCCCUUGACUUUUUCCACACUUUGUUACAAUACAAACUUAUUCUAAAAUGGAUUCAAUUGUUUUUUUUCUCAUCAAUCUACACACACUACCCCUUAAUGACAAAGCAAAAACAGGUUUUUAGAAAUAUUUGCACAUUUAUUAAAAAUAAAAAACGGAAAUAUCACAUUUACAUAAGUAUUCAGACCCUUUACUUAGUACUUUGUUGAAGCACCUUUGGCAGCGAUUACAGCCCCAAGUCUUCUUUGGUAUGACGCUACAAGCUUGGCACAGCUGUAUUUGGGGAGUUUCUCCCAUUCUUCUCUGCAGAUCCUCUCAAGCUCUGUCAGGUUGGAUGGGGAGCGUCACUGCACAGCUAUUUUUAGGUCUCUCCAGAGAUGUUCAGUCGGGUUCAAGUCCAGGCUCUGGCUGGGCCACUCAAGGACAUUCAGAGACAUCCCGAAGCCACUCCUACGUUGUCUUGGCUGUGUGCUAGGGUCGUUGUCCUGUUAGAAGGUGAACCUUCGCCCCAGUCUGAGGUCCUGAGCGCUCUGGAGCAGGUUUUCAUCAAGGAUCUCUCUGUACAUUGCUCCGUUCAUCUUUCCCUCGAUUCUAACUAGUCUCCAAGUCCCUGCCGCUGAAAAACAUCCCCAUAGCAUGAUGCUGCCAUCACCAUGCUUCACCGAAGGGAUGGUGCCAGGUUUCCUCCAGAUGUGACACUUGGAAUUCAGGCCAAAGUGUUCAAUCAUGGUUUCAUCAGACCAGAGAAUCUUGUUUCUCAUGGUCUGAGAGUCCUUUAGGUGCCUUUAGGCAAACUCCAAGUGGUUGUCAUGUGCCUUUUACGGAGGAGUGGCUUCUGUAUGGCCACUCUACCAUAAAGGCCUGAUUGGUGGAGUGCUGCAGAGAUGGUUGUCCUUCUGGAAGGUUCUCCCAUCUCCCAUCUCCACAGAGGAACUCUGGAGCUCUGUCAGAGUGACCAUCGGUUCUUGGUCAACUCCCUGACCAAGGACCUUCUCCCCCGAUUGCUCAGUUUGGCCGGGCGGCCAGCUCUAGGAAGAGUCUUGGUGGUUCCAAACUUCUUCCAUUUAAGAAUGAUGGAGGCCAUUGUGUUCUUCGGGACCUUCAAUGCUGCAGAAAUGUUUUGGUACCCUUCCCCAGAUCUGUGCAAUCCUGUCUCGGAGCUCUACGGACAAUUCCUUCGACCUCAUGGCUUGGUUUUUGCUCUGACAUGCACUGUCAACUGUGGGACCUUAUAUAGACAGGUGUGUUCCUUUCCAAAUCAAGUCCAAUCAAUUUAAUUUACCAUAGGUGGACUCCAAUCAACGUGUAGAAACAUCUCAAGGAUGAUCAAUGGAAACAGGAUGCACCUGAGCUCAAUUUCGAGUCUCAUAGCAAAGGGUCUGAAUACUUAUGUAAAUAAGGUAUUUCUGUUUUCUAUUUGUAAUAAAUUUGCUAACAUUUCAAAAACACUUUUCACUUUGUCAUUAUGUGGUAUUGUGUGUAGAUUGAUGAGGGAAAACAUGUAUUUAAUCCAUUUUAGAAUAAGACUGUAAUGUAACAAGAUGUAGAAAAAGUCAAGGGGUCUGAAUACUUUCUGAAUGCACUGUAAGUAUCAAAAGUAAAUGUAAUUGCUCAAAUAUACAUAAGUAUCAACAUUAAAAGUAAAAGUAUAAAUAAUUUCAAAUUCCUAAUGUUAAGCAAACCAGACGCCACCACUCCAACACUUAGACAUAAUUUACAAACGAAGCAUUUUUGUUUAGUGAGUCUGCCAGAUCAGAGGCAGUAAGGAUGACCAGGGAUGUGUGAAUUGUACCAUUUUCCUGUCCUGCUAAGCAUUCAAAAUGUAACAAAUACUUUUGGGUGUCAGGGAUGUAUGGAGUAAAAAGUACAUUAUUUUCUUUACGAAUGUAGUGAAGUAAAAGUAAAAGUUGUCAAAAAUAUCAAUAGUAAAGUACAGAUACCCCCAAAAAACUACUUAAGUAGUACUUUCAAGUAUUUUUACUUAGGCACUUUACACCACUGAUUAUAGUGCAAAGAUAUGAUUGUUGAUUCAUAUCCUAUCAUAUGUCUCACUAUAGAUCAUGCGUGUAUGGUCACUAAAUGGAUGUGUGUGUCUACUGUACAGUAUGUCAACCCCUUUAUUCUCUUCCUUGUGUGUAGUAUAUAAUUAACCACUCUUUUUUUCGGUCUCAGUUUGUGGUCUCAAUUGUAACCUUAGCCCAAGUUCAAACACCGCUCUAUUGCUACACCGAACUAAAAAAUAUGUAACUUUCUCUUUGGAAGAGCGGGGAUAGAGUGCCGUCUGAAUCCAUUAAGUGUGCCUCGUUUUUUCAAAUUCUGUACACAUUUAUUAAAAAUGAAAAGCCGAAAAGUCUUGAGUCAAUAGGUAUUCAACCCCUUUGUUAUGGCAAGCCUAAAUACAUUCAGGAGUAAAAAUGUGCUUAACAAGUCACAUAAUAAGUUGCAUGGACUCAUUCUUUGUGCAAUAAUAGUGUUUAACAUGAUUUUUGAAUCAUGACUACUGCAUCUCUUUACUCCACACAUACAAUUAUCUGUAAGGUCCCUAAGUCAAGCAGUGACUUUCAAACACAGAUUCAACAAUAAAGACCAGGAAGGUUUUCCCAAUGCCUCGCAAUAAGGGCACCUAUUGGUAGAUGGGUAAACAUUUUAAAAAGCAGACACUAAAUAUCCCUUUGAGCAUGGUGAAGUUAUUAAUUACACUUUGGAUGGUGUAUCAAUAUACCCAGUCACUACAAAGAUACAGGCGUCCUUUCUAACUCAGUUGCCGGAGAGGAAGGAAACCGCUCAGGGAUUUCACCAUGAGGCCAAUGGUGACUUUAAAACAGUUUUAGUUUAAUAGCUGUGAUAGGUGAAAACUCCACAAUACUCAUCUAAUUGACAGAGUGAAAAGAAGGAACUAUUCCAAAAACAGGCGUCAUGUUUGUAACAAGGCACUAAAGUUAUAUUGCAAUGUCCUGAAUAUAAAGUGUUAUGUUUGGGGCAAAUCCAAUACAACACAUUACUGAGUACCAAUCUCCAUAUUUUCAAGCAUAGUGGUGGCUGUAUCAUGUUAUGGGUAUGCUUGUAAUCGUUAAGGACUGGGAAGUUUUUCAGGAUAAAAAAAGAGACGGAAUGCAGCUAAGCACAGGCACAAUCCUAGAGGAAAAUCUGGUUCAGUCUGCUUUCCACCAGACACUGGGAAAUGUAUUCACCUUUCAGCAGCACAAUAACAUAAAACACAAGGCCAAAUAUACACUGGAGUUGCUUACCAAGAAGACAAUGAAUGUUCCUGAGUGGCCGAGUUACAGUUUUGACUUACAUCGGCUUGAAAAUCUAUGGCAAGACUUGAAAAUGGUUGUCUAGCAAUGAUCAACAACCAAUUUGACAGAGCUUGAAGAAUUCUGAAAAGAAUAAUGUGCAAAUAUUGUACAAUCCAGGUGUGCAAAGCUCUUAGAGACUUACCCAGAAACACUCACAGCUGUAAUUGCUGCCAAAUGUGAUUCUAACAUGUAUUGCCUCAGGGGUGUGAAUACAAAUGUAAAUGAGAUAUUUCUGUAUGUCAUUUUCAAUAAAUGUACAAAAAUGUCUAAGCAAAUGUUUUCACUUUGUCAUUAUGGGGUAUGAAUUGUAGAUGGGUGAGAGAAAAAAAGUUAAUUUAAUCGAUUUUGAAUUCAGGCUGUAACACAACAAAAUGUGGAAUAAGUCAAGGAGUAUGAAUACUUUCUGAAGGCACUGUAGGUGCCGGUACUCAUUUGGUGCCGUACUGUUUACAUUUACUGUUUACAUUUAGGUGCAGGAACUCCACAAUACUUUUGAGCUAAUAUUCUAUUAGAGGAACAGGAGCUCAAGCAGUAGAACAUUUGAGGUGCCGGUACUCAGCUCCUGCCCAAGUCAAGCACUAAUGGUCUCAGAUUCGCAGUUGGAGGACUUCUUCAUCCUCUUUCUUCUGUUACUUACAGUGUGUUGUGUGUGUGUGUACUUAUAGUGUGUUGUGCUUGUGUGUGUGUACUUAUAGUUUGUGUGUGUCUCUGUACCUUACUCUUAACGAACCCUUUCUCCCUCUCCCUCUCCUCUCCCUGUCUCUGUGUGUCCUGCAGUGUGUGUCGACUGGUGCUGCCUCCCUGCCCUCCAUCAUGGCACAUGUGGAGCGCGGGGGGCUGAUUGAGGGGGGGCGCCCCCAGGGCAUGGGAAUUGUGGCCAGCGGGGCAUUCUCCUCGACCACCACCUCCUCUGGCCAGCAGCAA